AUGGAGCAUCCACGGGUGGUGUACGGUGGUGGUCUUCAGUCGGCGAUGUCACCAUCAUUUAACGAUUCACGUCUGGAGGGAGGAGGGAGGGGAAACAGCGCCGGGGUUCACCAAUGCGGCGAGAACGCGGUGUACAUAAUGGAAAGGUUCAGGCCCCUUCCCCAGCUUACAGGUGAUAACUAUGCAUACUGGAAGGCUCGAACGAGAACUCAUCUUAAAGCUCAAGGAGAUCAAGUUUGGCGGGCAGUUCUGACUGGUUGGACUCCACCUACAAAACCUGGUGAAAAUGACGGUGAUCCACCAGUAAUCAAACCUGAAACCGAGCGAACUCAAGCUGAAAUUACCACUGCUGGAUAUAAUGAUAAGGCUCUUGACACUAUCUAUUCCUUAAUGCAUGAAAAUCAAUUUUCGUUGGUUACAGGUAUUGAUUGUGCAAAAACUGCUUGGGAAAUCCUCGAAACCACAUAUGAAGGUACGAGUUCAGUCAAACAGUCAAAACUCCAGCUGGUAAAAACUGAGUUUGAAGAACUACGUUUGAAUGAGGAUGAAGACAUUGCAAGUUUUCAUGGACGCUUACAAGAAUUAGCAAAUCGAGCAACUAUUCUUGGAAAACCCUUCUCCCAACAGAAACUUGUCAAAAAGGUCUUACGAUCCAUGCCUUCGAGGUUUAGGAUGAAGGUAACUGCCAUUCAAGAGCAUGACGGCUGGGAGGACAAAUCUGUAGCUCAAUUAAUGGGCAACCUUCGAACCUACGAAAUGGAAAUCCUUACUGAUCACACUAAAAAGCAAAAGAUGGUUGCGUUUGUAGCUGAAGAACAGGACGACACUGCACCAAAUGAUGAUUCAGUAGCAUUUUUAACUAAACAAUUUUCUAAUUUUUUGAAACAGGUAUCUCAGAAGAAUACACAAAACAACAAACAUAAAAAGGGGACAAGCACCAACGUGCCAAAAACUGGCACAAAAAGUGGCGUGUCAAAUUCAAAAAAUACUGAUUCACGACCAGCUCGCCCCAAAGAAAAGUCAAACAACAAAGGAAUAAGGUGUUAUGAAUGUGAGGGCUUCGGUCAUGUUCAAGCUGAAUGUCCAACGUAUCUUCGACGAAAGAAGUCCAUGACAGUCACAACUUGGAGUGAUGAUGAACUUGAAUCAGAAAAUGUUGAAUCUGACGCAGAAGAAAUGUUUGGCAAUUUUGUAGCCUUUGCAGCUAAGAGUACGAUAUGCUCUGAACCUGUAGAUGCAUCUGACACAGAAGGUGGUGAUUACAACUCGGCAGAAGAUCUUGACAUACCAGAUAUAUCUUAUGAAGUAGAGUUUAAUAAACUGUAUCCAAAAUGGGAAGCAUUACUUAAAACAUAUCGUGUAGUGUCUAGUGAAGUUAGAGUUUUGCAAAAUGCUGUAAAUGUGUUCAAAGGUCAAGUUGCAGACAGGGAUGCCUUAAUUAAAGACUACACUGACCGAGAAGAAAAACUGCAACAGGAAAUCAAGAGACUGACGCUGGAACUAAACACAUAUAUAAAGAGAAUCCAAAUGAUGGAUACCACAUCAACUCUUGACGAAAUCCUUGAUUCAGGGCGGCAAUCCUCUGCAAGAUUUAGUUACGUGGACACAUCAGACCUGAGUGUUAUUACUUCUACAAAGAACAAAGGGCCGAAAAACAUAGCCAUAAGUAGGGAUGAAAAAUGGUACUUCGACAGCGGUUGCUCACGACACAUGACUGGAAACGCAAAAUUUCUAAGUGACAUAAACACAAGCAACGGUGAAGUAACUUUUGGUGAUGGAGUCAAAGGACAAGUAACCGGAGUAGGUACUCUAAAUGUUGCAGGUCUACCGAAGUUGAAAAAGGUGCUACUGGUAAACGGACUCCAUGCCAACCUCAUAAGCAUUAGCCAACUUUGCGACCAAAACUGGAAUGUUAGCUUCACCAAAGACAACUGCAGUGUUAUGGAUAAUGAAAAACAAUGUGUUAUGGAAGGUUCAUGUGGGAAAAGAUUUCGUAAAAAGCAAAAAGGAAUUAUUAUGGAGCUGUUCUCUCUAUUUUUUUUCGUCAAGCAAAAGCUAUCUGGUAUUAGUUAUUGGAUUCUCUUUAUAUGGUUUCUCUUAUUGGCUUUAGUGGAUAUUAUUGGAUAUUAUUGGAUAUCGGAUUAUCUUUUUGGUUGA